GUACCAGCCCGGCCCGUUGUUGGGAGAGCUACACCACGGCCAGGGUGUACUCACGGGGAACUUAUUAUUUUGGCAUUUUUAAACAACAGUCACAAAAUAUGUCCCUUGUCCUUGCAGCGCUGGACAAGCUGGCAUAUUUUCUGUCUCUCAUAGGGUUUUGUGUCAGCGUGUCUUCCAGCUGGCUCAAAUGAAUCUCGAGUCAGAGCCAGCAGUCUUUUCUAAAUUACAAUAUGAUUCCUGAGGUUUAGGGUUUGAGUAAAAUUCUUUUUGAUCAACACCUGGACAUCUGACACUCGGGUGAUCAAAGAAGAAGGAUCCGAACCAACCAUCACAAUGCGAAGGUGCCUAAAGGUAUGCCAUGUGUUUGCAUUGGUGCUGUGUAUGUCAGCCAGGGAGGACUUUGACUGGGCGAAGACUGAAAGAACGUCUUUCUAUUAUGGGACCUUCCCAACAGGUUUUACCUGGGGGGCAGGCAGUUCUGCUUAUCAGACCGAGGGAGCUUGGAACGUCGAUGGCAAGGGAAUGAGCAUCUGGGACGCAUUUUCCCAUAAAAAGGGGAAAAUAUUUCAAAAUGAAACUGGGGAUUCCUCGUGUGAUGGGUACUACAAAUUUAAGGACGACAUUAAUUUAAUGAAAGACAUGAAGCUGAAUCAUUAUCGUUUCUCCAUCUCCUGGCCAAGAAUUUUACCAAGCGGAAUCAAAGGUGAAUACGUCAAUGAAAAAGGAAUUAAAUAUUACAAUGACCUGAUCAACAUGUUGCUGGAAAAUAAGAUCACACCCAUUGUUACUUUGUAUCACUGGGAUUUACCACAGGUGUUCCAGGACAAAUAUGGUGGCUGGCAGAACGUCAGCAUGGUCAACUAUUUCAACGACUUUGCCAAUUUAUGCUUUGAAAGGUUCGGCAGCCGAGUAAAGUAUUGGAUCACAUUCAACAAUCCCUGGUCGAUUGCUGUGGAAGGAUAUGAAACGGGGGAACAUGCACCAGGCUUGAAGAUGAAAGGAAUGGGAGCUUACAGAGCUGCACACCAUAUCAUCAAGGCACAUGCGAAGGUGUGGCACACAUAUGACAAGGGCUGGAGGAGCAAACAGAAAGGUCUAGUCGGAAUCUCGCUGACAGCUGACUGGGGUGAACCAGUGGACGCCAGCAACCAGAAAGACAUUGAAGCAGCCGAGCGAUACAUCCAGUUCUACUUGGGAUGGUUUGCCACACCCAUCUUCAGGGGAGACUACCCUCAGGUUAUGAAAGAAUACAUCGGCAGGAAGAGUGGCCAACAGGGCCUCGGAGCUUCGCGGCUUCCCGUAUUCUCGGCGCAGGAAAAGAGUGACAUCAGGGGCACCUGUGACUUCCUGGGCCUCGGGCACUUCACGACUCGCUACGUCACGCAAAAAAAUUAUCCAUCAAGCAUUGGGGACAGCUACUUUGCAGAUCGGGACCUGGCGGAGCUGGUUGACCCAGAGUGGCCCGACCCUGGCUCCGAAUGGCUCUACUCUGUGCCUUGGGGCUUCAGACGCAUGUUGAACUUUGUCAAGAGUCAGUACGGAAACCCGAUGAUCUACGUGACAGAAAAUGGUGUAUCAGAAAAGACGCUGUGCACCGACCUGUGUGAUGACUGGAGGAUGCAGUACUUCAAAGACUACAUCAAUGAGAUGCUUAAAGCUGUAAAAGAUGGGGUGAAUGUGAAGGGCUACACCGCCUGGUCUCUCCUGGAUAACUUUGAGUGGGAUGUCGGCUACUCGGAGAGAUUUGGCCUCUACUAUGUGGACUUCAGGAACAAAAAUAAACCACGGUACCCAAAGGCUUCAGUCCAGUACUAUAAACGCAUCAUCAGCUCGAAUGGCUUCCCCAGUCAGAGAGAGGUGGAGAGUUGGAAGAGGAAAGCAAUCGAGAUAUGUUCUUCCAGCAAUCAGCUCCUGGCAGCAGAUCCGCUGAUUGGCCACAUGGAGAUGGUGACAGAGAUUGUGGUUCCCACCGUGUGUACACUGUGCAUCCUCCUCGGAGCAGUCUUCCUCAUGUUCCUGCUGCAAAGACGCUUUUGAGACACUCACAGAUCCCCCUUUGACAUUAUCAGAACUCAGUGGCCCUGGAGAAAUGAAUGAGGUCAAUCUGUGAAUGAGUCAGAAUCAGAAACACAUACAUAGUCAUCAGAAUUGAUUGAUAUGGUAUGCGUGUCUUGAUGUUCUCUUUUGAAUAAACUUUUCAGACUCUAAGUGGGAUAUCAAAAUAGCCUCCAACUGUCAUGAUCUGUCUGCGAGACCGAAUUAAAGUUUGCUAUUUGAUUUAGAAAUG